AUGUAUUAUAGUAACAGCUAAAGUUCACUUAUAAAAUAGAGUCAUUUCGGAGAGGUAGUAACAAAAACACCUCUUAACAAAUAAAAUAGAGACUAGGAUCAAUCCACUAUUUCUAAAUAUCAAUCUCCUACACUCAGGUAGGCUAUGUCACCCAAAGCAGCGAGAGAAUAUCUGAAUAACCUAAGAACCUUCAUCUGUCAUUAUGAAGCAAAACCAACUGUCGAGAGAAUACCUACAUAAUCACUCCAUGAGAUCAUUUAAUAACAGCCAUAUUUGUAUUUCCCAGUAGCAAAUAGAUUGAAUGAUCACUUUAAACUGAUGACUCCACAUAAAAUUGAAGUGAGGAAAAUGAAUGAAGAUGGUACAAUUCAUUCAUUGAGAUAUUACUACUUAAAAUAGGCAGCUUUGGGCAAUUCAAAUGACAUUCCCCAAUCAUAACAAAUAAUGAUCGUAGGAUAAAAACAGAGUGGCAAGAAGCAGUUAUUCUAAGAACUAAUCAAACGGAUAAUGCCAAAACAAUUCAAACUAUAAUUGUAAACAGAAUCAGGAGAGAAGACCAUCAAUCUGCAAUUGAGUGAUGAUAUAAAAUAAACUAUUAAAAGUAUACUAGCAGGACUUAAGCAUUAUUAAUUAAUUGCUUAAGGGGGACAACACAUGAUAGCUUGCAGAGGCUUGGAGGGAUUCAAGAGAGAAACGAAAGACAAGGGAAUACUAAUUAUGUGUGUGAAACCAGGAAAAUAGGAAAAAUCUGAUUGCAUCAAGACUAUCAAAAUGUUAGAGGAAAUUUACAAAAAUUGA